AUGCACCGAGGCCCGCAGCCCCUCCUUUGUGCGACCACCGACCUGAGCCUCAUCAUGUCCUCAAAACCGCAAUUGUUCCCAGUCUUCCUCCAGUUUAUGAAAGCUUCCUCAUCCCAUGCUCCCAGUUUGACAUCCACUGGAGAUAUCACAUCUAUCAACAUCUUCUAUCGCAAAACACCAACUUUCAUCCACCUUACAAUGGCCUUCCCCAACAUCCUCUCCUGCCUCUGCGGCCCCACCUCAGACGACCAUCCAUCCCACCACGAUGAGAAAUCCCCCCUCUACCCCUCCACCACCCCAUACACCGACCAACCCGAACCCCAACCCAUUACCCCCUCUCCUUCCCCCUCCCCUUUGAUCAACGACAUCCUCACCCUCCUCCUCACCACACCCCUCCCCAUCACCCCCUCCGCCUCCCAAUCCCAAAUCGACACCACCCUCGACCUCCACACCACCUCCUGGUCCGAAUACCUCGCCGAAAAGAUCCUCCGCGCCCUCUCCGACCUCCUCGCCACCGCCACCGAUCCCGAGUCCCGCAAGUCCUGGGGCGAGGCCCUCUCCCAAGCCUACGACACCUCCAUCACCAUCGCCGAGGAGCUCUUCAAUGACCUCGUCGAGUAUGUCAAGGGCCACCCCUACGAAAUCGCUGCUACGGUGCUCCUGUCAUUGGUGACAUUUGGGGUUUUGGUCCGUCUUGCUCCACGGGUGUUGGUGCUGCUUGGUUUCAGCGCCGAGGGUCCGGCGGAGGGGAGCUGGGCGGCUUGGUUUCAGAGUACCUAUGGAGGAUACGUACCCAAGGGUUCGCUGAUGAGUUACUUGCAGAGGCUGGGGAUGACGUGGGAGUGA